CAUGGCAUGCGCGUCUCCCGCAAUCCCACCCGAAGCAGGCGCUAACAAAUACCCUAGAUCCACGUUCGUUUGUGUCCUACGCCCCAAUGAAUCGAAACCACGUCAAUGGAGAACUACUUGCGACGCUGGGCCCAGGACUCCCUGAACAAACACCAAUAUGACACGGCCGUCUACGUUUACGACAAACUUCUUGCCUUGACAAAUGACCCGUCAGAUGCGCUGCAACUGGCGCAAGCCCACUUCGCCGCCGGCAACUACAUCCGCGCCAUCUCCUUCGUAACUCGAUCAGACCCCAUCCAGCGCUCCGCUGCCUCUCGAUAUUUGGCUGCGCACUGCUACAUCCGCCUCGACCGCCAUGAAGAUGCCCUUGGAAUAUUGGGCGAGAAGACGCCGGUACAUCUCGUGACCACAUCCGACUCCGCGCGGCGUAAGCUGCAGCACUUGAGCAACGGCGUGCACAGCAAACAAGCGGGAAAAGCGAAGCUGCCUAGCCGAUCAGAACGAGCCGACCGGAGUGAGGAAAGAGACCGUGAAGAUGCAUCAAACAUCAAAUAUGAGGCAGGCAUGUGCUAUCUACGAGGCUUGUGCUACGCAAAGCAGAAUGCCUUCGACCGCGCCAAGGAUUGCUACAAGGAUGCAGUACGGAUCGAUGUACAAUGUUUCGAGGCCUUCGACCAGCUGAUGAAGAAUUCCCUCAUGAGCCCGGGCGAGGAAUGGGAUUUCCUCGAGAGUCUCAACUUCGACAGCAUCCACCCAGAGCCAGGAGACCAUUCCAGUGCCCCUGAGGCUGCGGACUUUACAAAGAACCUAUACAUCACCAGACUUUCGAAGUACGCACGGCCGGAGGAGUUCAACGCUGCGAUCGAAAGUCUUUCCACACAUUACCGGCUUGGAGAAAACCACGAUGUCCUGCUGUCCAAGGCUGAAAUCCUCUUCACGGCGUCCCGCUUCCAGCCUGCGCUGACCCUCACCACUUCCAUCCUCGAAUCAGACCCCUACAACUUCGCCAUUCUGCCUCUGCACCUGGCUCUCUUGUACGAGCUAAAGUACACUAACGCACUCUUCGCCUUGUCCCACGAUCUCGCAGAUACACAUCCCCUCGAGCCUUGCACAUGGGUAGCUGUGGGAACAUAUUACCUAGCCACCAAUCGCAUCCCAGAAGCCCGAUCAUACUUCUCCAAAGCCUCCCUCAUGGACCCACACUUCGGGCCCGCCUGGAUCGGUUUCGCGCACACCUUCGCAGCCGAAGGCGAAGGCGACCAAGCCAUCGCGGCAUACUCGACAGCAGCGCGCUUAUUCCAAGGUACACAUCUUCCGCAGCUCUUUCUGGGAAUGCAGGAGAUUGCUCUCGGCAAUCUCACCAUAGCGCGGGAAUACCUGACGGCAGCCUGGAAGAUCUGCGACCACGACCCAUUGCUCAUCAACGAAAUCGGCGUGGUAUCCUACAUGGAAGAAGACUUCGAUGGCGCGUGCAGACAAUUCACGCUCGCCUUGCACAUUGCAGAGGACAACGAAGCCCCGGCACAGCAAUACAGCAGCACACGCCUGAACCUCGCGCACGCAUUGCGGAAAGCGGAAAGAUUCGACGAGGCGCUCGAGCAAUUCGAUGAAGUCAUCCGCCUCGGUCUGCGAGAAGCGGGCGUCUUCGCGUCGAAAGGAUUGGUACUGCUCGAACUCGACCAGCCGUUCGACGCCACGAUAGCUUUGCAUGAAGCGCUUGCCAUCUCGCCACAGGAUCCCAUUGCCACAGAUCUCCUGAGUAAAGCGCUCGCGCUAUUAGAAGACGAGGGCGUGCUGGGGGGUGCGAACGAGGAGAGCAUAGAUGCGGAGCUGCGGCGUCGAUUGACUGAGGGGAAGCGGAAGCCGAGAAAGCCGCGACGCGGCUUCAAGCAGGGCGGCCAGAUUUAUGAUGAUGACGGCGGUGCGGGGGCCAUGGAUUUGGACGGUGCGAGCGAUUCGAGACGGGCGUAGUAUGCGCGGUCCAUCCAGCUCAGAGCCUGAGUUUAGGUCGGUAUAGCCUGGUAUCUUGCAUAUCGCUUUGCACCUGGAUACUAGAGCACUUACGCACGACCUGGAAUUCAGUGCAAAUCAUCAACAU